CGGGGGCGGGGCUGAGAAUGCUUUGAACACAGAUGCGGAGCGGCUCUUCUGCUCUGAGCGGAGCGCCAGUGAGACGAACAGCACCAUGACUGCGAACGCAUACGACGUGAUUGUGAUUGGCGGAGGCAUCUCAGGUCUGAGUGCCGCCAAGCUGUUGGUGGAGAGCGGCCUGAAUCCUGUGCUCCUGGAAGCCAGAAACCGUGUUGGUGGAAGAACCUACACUGUUCAGAAUAAGGAAACCAAAUGGGUGGAUCUAGGAGGAGCGUACAUUGGGCCCACUCAAAACCGCAUCCUGAGAAUAGCCAAACAGUACGGCGUGAAAACAUACAAAGUCAAUGAGGAGGAGUCUCUGGUUCACUAUGUGAAGGGCAAAUCAUAUCCAUUCAAAGGGCCUUUUCCUCCAAUGUGGAACCCUCUUGCCUACCUGGACUACAACAACCUCUGGAGGACAAUGGACAAGAUGGGAAUGGAGAUUCCUAAAGAAGCUCCAUGGAGGGCCCCUCAUGCGGAAGAGUGGGACAAGAUGACUAUGCAGCAACUCUUUGACAAAAUUUGUUGGACCAGCGCCGCUCGUCGCUUUGCCACUCUGUUCGUCAAUGUGAACGUGACCUCCGAGCCCCAUGAGGUGUCUGCUCUGUGGUUCCUCUGGUACGUCAAGCAGUGUGGAGGCACCAUGAGAAUCUUCUCUACCACAAAUGGAGGCCAGGAGCGCAAGUUUGCCGGAGGUGCCAAUCAAAUCAGUGAGGCGAUGGCGAGAGAGCUGGGUGACCAUGUGAAGCUGGGCAGAGCUGUCUACAGCAUUGACCAGACUGGAGACCUGGUGGAGGUCAGGACAGUUAAUGAGGAGAUAUACAAGGCCAAAUAUGUUAUACUUGCCAUACCACCAGGCCUGAACUUGAAAAUCCAUUUCAACCCUGAACUACCGCCUCUAAGGAACCAGCUCAUUCACAGAGUCCCCAUGGGCUCAGUUAUUAAAUGCAUGGUGUACUACAAAGAGAACUUCUGGAGGAAGAAGGGAUACUGUGGCAGCAUGGUGAUUGAGGAGGAUGAAGCACCUAUUGGUCUCACCCUUGAUGACACUAAGCCUGAUGGGUCUGUGCCUGCUAUAAUGGGUUUCAUCCUGGCACGAAAAUCCAGGAAAUUAGCCGGCCUGACGAAAGAGGAGAGAAAGAGAAGGAUCUGUGAGAUUUAUGCUCGUGUGCUUGGCACAGAAGAAGCGUUAAAUCCUGUGCACUACGAGGAGAAAAAUUGGUGUGAGGAGGAGUACUCUGGUGGCUGCUACACUGCCUACUUCCCCCCUGGUAUCAUGACACAGUAUGGCAGGGUUCUGAGGGAGCCGUUGGGCAGGCUGUACUUCGCAGGAACUGAAACGGCCAUAGAGUGGAGUGGUUACAUGGAGGGGGCCGUGCAAGCUGGAGAGAGAGCCAGUAGAGAGAUUUUGUGUGCAAUGGGAAAACUCCAUGCGAGUCAGAUCUGGCAAUCAGAGCCUGAAUCAUUGGAUGUCCCAGCCCGGCCAUUUUUCACCACAUUCUGGGAAAGAAACUUGCCAUCGGUUGGGGGACUCUUUAAAUUCAUGGGCGUGUCCUCCUUCCUGGCUCUGGCCACAGCAGCAGGAGUGGUCGCCUACAAGAAGGGGCUCCUCCCACUUUCACAACCUGUUCUAUGAGCUGGCCUUGUGAUUGUGGUGUUUAAUCACCUAAUCACGGUCAUAACGCUGCCUGGGUAUGUGGCCGAGUUAGAUGAGAUUUGACACACAAUUGCUCAGUCAUUGUUCAAAAUUAGCCAAGUGAUUAUUAUGGCAUAAUGAGUAGCUACUAAUUGUUAAUGUGGGAAUUGCCCUGUCAAAGAGUUCACUAUCCACAUUAAAGCAACCGAACGUGUGACAUUCCACAACCAUUCAUUACGUGUGUGAGAGAGUGUGUGUGUUUUUCACCAGUCUUGUUGAUUACCUCUGCUAAUUUCAGGUGCUGUUCUCAGGAACUCGUUAAUUAACCUUCCAAAAUAUUGAAGUAACAUUACAGAGAUUAGAUUAGCAUUUUAUUGUACUCUAUAACAGAGACUUUGAGAAUAUCUUCUCUACAUCACAACACAACACAGAAGCUGUAUUAGCGUCAGCACAAUUCGCUAUAUCAUUCAUGAGAGAAGCAGAGGCUGUUCAUAUCACAUUCAUUCUCGAUUCUCAACAUACAAGGUUAAACAACAAUUAGUACAGACUGGCUUUAUGUGUCUGGUAGUAUGACGAAGUGAAGUCUAUCAGUCACAGAGAGCUGAUUUGAAGGUUGUCCCAGUGUUUUAUGUCAUUUCUAAAAGCUGCUGUGUGAUUGAAUCAUAUGAAAGCAUUUGAAUGUACUUUUACAUAUAGUCGAUUUUUUUCAUGUAACAGACCAGUGUAUACUUGAAAUAUGAAUUUGUUUUUGACAUUUGACAUUUAUUUUCAACCAUCCAUUGUUCUCUAAUUCCAUAGUAUAUUAUUAAUAGUAAAAUAAAAACGAUAAAAUGUAAUUAAAUGUUCAUUUGUAAAGAAAUGUAAAACCCGUUUAUCUCAGUGGUUUAAGUUUUUUAUUUUUUCCUCAUCUACCAAUCUUGUGAUAGAUAGAUAGAUAGACAGACAGACAGACAGACAGACAGAUAGAUAGAUAGAUAGAUAGAUUAGGUUAUUAUGUAUGGUGAUUCAUUAAAGUAUAUGACAUUCUAACACUCUUCAGUUAUUUAAUCAUAUCUAGCAAAUUAUAUAUAUAUAUAUAUAUAUAUAUAUAUAUAAUUGCAAUUAAUUGAAAAGGAGGUCAUGCAGCCCCAGACAGACAGAUUAGAAAAUAAAAUGUAUUAUGUGUUGUUCCAAAGAUGCGUUGUAACUUUUGUUUGUGGUGCCUUAAUCUGAUGUAGUAUUCCUCAUUUCUCAAGUGCCUCUGUGCUGAUGAGCUCCUCCAGUCUUGAACAUUGUCUCUGGGUCAGUCACUGGCUGCUUUAGGUGAUUCUUUCUAAAAACGAGCUCCUUUCACAAGAAUUAGAAACAGAAUGUUUGGCCAGAGCUUUGUGAAGCUCUUUGAUAAAUCUGCAUUUAAGCACCAUUCAAAAACCCACCGCUCUAGUCUUCAGCAUACAAUGGAAAGCUUUCACAACUGCUUUCUGAAGAAGCCACUGAUGAUCCAGGACUGACAGAAUCAGAGGCAAAGCCACUCCUGACUGUUGACUAUAAUGUUUGAUAAGAAAGUGUUCUAUCUGUGACCUACAUCUAGAGUUUGGUCCACUGUGAACUUGUAAUAAUGUGGGGACACUUUUGUCCUGACAUGCUGUAUUUGCUGUUACUCCUUACCUGGUGUGCUAGUGAAUUGUGCCUCUCUCUCUGUGUGUGUGUGUGUGUGCUGCUAAUGCUUUUCCAAAACCACAUAACAUGGCCCUGUUUACCUGAUCUGUCGUCGCCUGCUCCAGUUUGCAUAGUUGGCCUGCUACGAUCAGGCCCGCUACGAUCAGGCCCCUUUGUCUGAUUUUGUGCGUGUAUCACAAUGUCCAAUGGUCUAGUCUUGUAAUUGCAUUAUUUGAUCUCUUUGUACAAAUUCAACGACUAAGCUGAUAAUAAAAGUGUGUGAUU